GCGGGUCCCGGCUCGGCGUCACUGUGCUCGCGGGCCUGAGGUCGUGUCAGGUGAGGUCGUCGUCCCGGAAGUGGCUGUGGCUGUGGCCCCUGGGUGUUGUAAGGAGCCUGCCGCGCAGUUGUUGUUACGGGGCCGCGGCAUCACCCCGCUUCCUCCACCUUCCCUGCAGCAGCCAUGACGAAAGGCAGAGUUGUCGAAAGGUCGCAAACAGGGGCACUCCAUACGACCCCUCCGGGGGACAAGGCAGCGGGGCCGCAGGGUCUGUCGGCGCCAGGCAGCAGAGGCCACCUGAAGGAGAAAGCCUGUGCAGAAGCUGGGUCAGCAAGAAUGUCGCUUCUUAUAUUGGUGUCCAUUUUCUUAUCUGCAGCUUUUGUUAUGUUUUUGGUAUAUAAAAAUUUUCCUCAGCUUAGUGAAGAAGAAAGAGUGAAUAUGAAGGUUCCCAGAGAUAUGGAUGAUGCCAAGGCUCUAGGAAAAGUUUUAUCCAAAUAUAAGGACACCUUUUAUGUACAAGUACUUGUAGCUUAUUUUGCUACAUAUAUUUUCUUGCAAACAUUUGCUAUUCCGGGCUCUAUAUUUCUCAGUAUACUCUCAGGGUUUCUUUAUCCCUUUCCACUAGCCUUAUUUCUUGUUUGUUUGUGUUCUGGACUCGGUGCCUCAUUCUGCUAUAUGCUCUCCUAUUUAGUUGGGAGGCCAGUUGUCUAUAAAUACCUAACUGAGAAAGCAGUAAAAUGGUCACAGCAGGUUGAACGUCAUAGAGAACAUCUCAUUAACUACAUUAUAUUUUUGAGAAUAACACCAUUUCUGCCUAACUGGUUUAUUAAUAUUACAUCUCCUGUGAUAAACGUGCCAUUGAAAGUUUUUUUUAUUGGCACUUUUCUAGGUGUUGCACCUCCCUCUUUUGUAGCAAUUAAGGCAGGAACAACAUUGUACCAGCUUACAACAGCAGGGGAAGCUGUUUCCUGGAACUCAGUAUUUGUUCUAAUGAUUUUGGCUCUUCUUUCUAUUCUGCCAGCCAUCUUCCAAAAAAAACUAAAGCAGAAAUUUGAGUGAAUAAUCCUCUGGGUUUUAGUUUUCCUAUCAUCAUCAUCAUCAUCUCUCAGGAUUGGCAGGUUUAUGUGUUAAAGUCACCUCUUCAGUAAAUGAAACAGGAAUUUGUAAAAUAAAAUUUCCUAUCCGGUGGUUAAAAUAAUGCAUUUAAGUGGCAAAGGAGAGAAGAAAGUAAAAAUGGAAAUUGGUAUACCAUGAAAAGUGCUGUCAGUAGUUGUGAUAGACAUCUCCUAAAUUACAAUUCCAAGGCUAUAGAUAAUAAAUGUAGCAGCAUAGUAGGAAAUUCUUGACCCAACUGAUUAACUCAAUAUAUUUCAUGAACUGGCCGUAAAUAUACCCUUGACUUGAUAAUUUAAUAUUUUUCUCUCUAUUCCAUACUAUAACUAAAAUAGGAAAAGCAAAUUCAAAAGCAAAGAUACUGUAUUGCUGUUCUGACUAAUGUCAGCCUUCUUUCAUAGCAUAAACUUGAAAACUAAAGCUCAAAAGAGAUUUACAUUUUCUUCCUUUUUAUCUUUGAGGUAGUAGACUUGUUUAGAAGUUGCAUCUUAGUGGACGACUGAAUUUGGAAAAGAUAUCAAGUUAUAUCUAUUUAGUGAAUUUUAUUUUUGUCUUCUUCUGUUCUAGAUUAUCAUGGAUUGGUCUGAAAUUUAAAAUUCUGACCAGUCUGUUUUCAUCUGUUUCCUAGCUUUCAGAAUAUUUCCACUGUGCAUAUACAAAAUGGCAAUGACAUGAUAAUUGUAUCAUAUUGGUGUUGAUAAUUUUUUUUUUUUUGGCUGCGUUGGGUCUUUGUUGCUGCACGCGGGCUUUCUCUAGUUGCGGCGAGGGGGACUACUCUUAGUUGUGGUGCACAGGCUUCUCACUGCGGUGGCUUCUUUUGCUGCGGAGCACGGGCUCUAGAGCGCAGGCUUAGUAGUUGUGGCGCACGGGCUUAGUUGCUCCGCGGCAUGUGGGAUCUUCCCAGACCAGAGAGCGAACCUGUGUCCCCUGCAUUGGCAGGCGGAUUCUUAUCCACUGCGCCACCAGGGAAGCCCUGGUGUUGAUAAUUUAUAUUCAGAUAAUAUUUUGUUACACAGUUCCCCUUUACUAUCUCAAAAGGGUAUCAAAAAAGCAAACAUUCAAAGUAUGCAGUUUUUAGAUGUUAGAUUAAUUAUGUUACUUUAUAUUUUGAAACAAAAGCAGUGUCAGUACAGCACUCAAGUAGCUGAAUAUAGUUUAUUUGUUCCAGUGACUGUAAAAUUUACCUCAUUUAUUUAUUAGUCUGGUCAUUAAAGUAUGUAUUAUGUAAUUAUCCUUUUUUAUGCAUGAUACAUAAGAAUGCCUUGUUUCAUUUCUGUUGAUGGCUUUUUUGUUUGGGGCUGCUUUUGAUUAAUGCAGUUUCCCUAUUUAAGGUUUUUACUUUUUAUAUCUCAAAGUAAAAUUAAAUUCUCAUAUGGUAACUACUAUUUAAAUAGUCCUGGAAAAACUAAACAGCUUUUUGCUGCUUGCUUAACGGUAAUAUCCUCUAUCCCUUGAUUCUAGGACAUAAAGUAAAGUACUCUGUCAGUUUUACCUUCACCCAAGACUGUCAUGUUGAAAAGUACUUUAGCUGUGGAAGAAAUCCUUGUAUGUUUUUAUUGUGAGAGGUAUGAUCAGCCUCAAAGCCAGUUUCUACUACAUAAUGUGGAUUGAUUAUUUUUUCUAUCGCAGUAUUAACAAAUGGAUUUAUUGUAAAUACAAAGAAAAUAUAUUAAUUAAUAUACUAUUCUUAUGUCACCUGGA